AUGAACAGUGCCGCGAGCUCUUCCUCCGCAAGCACUGCUGAUGAGGCAGCUGUCAAGUUCUCACCACCUCGCCAGCAGACCUUGGUCACUGACGCGAAUAACUCUCCUGGUGCUAUGUCUGCCAAAGAUGUCGCUCCUGCAUCACCUAAGCUAUCUCGCCUACUAGACAGCGACCCUAACAGGUUCCGUUCUCUCAAGCGAGUCAUCGUCAUCGGUCGCCCUGGAAGUGGUACUGAUGGUGUCGGCGAUGCUCUCAGGAAGCUCGGCUUCAAGGUAUACGACUUCAAGGCUGCUAGCAACCGCUACGAGCGUGAUUUUCCGCUCUGGCUCGAAGCUGCACGUCUUCGUCAGGAAGGUCGACCUUAUAACAAGUCCGACUUCGACAAGCUGAUUGGUGAUCACGAUGCGAUCGUCGGAGCCCCAGCCUGCUUCUUCGAUGAAGACUUUGUCAAGCUUUAUUCCAAUGUCAAAGUCAUACUCGUGACGCGCAACAGCAACCGAGAUAUUGUUCGGGGCUUCCUUGCGAAGGUCACCUCUCACGCGUGGCAGCGCAUCGAUCCCGGUUACUUCGGUGCCAUGAACAGCUUUGUCAAGCUGAGUACCCAGUCAGAUGGUUACGACUGCAAGAACAGCGACAAAGUCAUUCGAGAGACUGUGAAGGAGAAGAACCUGCUUGAGAUCCACGACUCGAUCGCAUGGACACCGUUGUGCGGUUUUCUCGGCGUCGAAGUUCCAGACGCACCAGCACCUGAGCUUCACGACGACGCGAUCAAGACAGAACUUGCAACACGCCUCAAGCGUUGGAUGUUGGAGGUCGCGGUCACGGCUGGCAACUCGGCUCUAAUGGGUAUGACCUCCUUCCUGACCAUUGCCACAGUCACUCUAGUCUCUGCCCUCGCAGUCUUCCUCGGCGGCCUCGGGCUGUACACGUUGCCUUCAUCCAGCUUGCAGCUCUUCAAGAUCUUGCGAGAACUCUCUCAACUCCGCGAUGUGACCCGCUUCGUCGCCGUCGGUGGAGCAUCCUGCAUGCUUUUCAUUGGCUUCAUUGCAGGAUAUUGUCUUGCCCUCAUGCGUAAGUCGGAACCGGUCGAGGUCACGACCGAGACACCGCGCCGUGAGCACCAGAGUAGGACUACACACAGCCGCAAGAAGGGCAGACAGGGCCGUGGAAGACAUACAGAGAGUGAGGAGAACGCACGUCCCGAGCGCCCAGCACUGGAGGGUUGGGGCGGUGUACAAGACGCCAUUCGCAGGAACGACGCAGAGCUAAGAGAGGAGGGAAGGGCUACACUUGAAGAGUGGAAGAAUGGAAAGCAUGUGACUUUCCAUGUCACCCACAAGCGGACGGUGACUGGUCAGGAUCUCUUCAGUGGUCCUCGCAAGGUCUUGUCGGUCUCGGAGGAGACAGUCUAGUUGGCGAUGAAAG